AUGUCGAGCACUAAACUCUAUCUUCGCGUGGAGCGCCGCAACCAAACGUUUUGCCUUCUCUGUGAGACGUCCGAUACCAUUGCUAGCCUCAAAACGCAGCUAGCACUUGCCGCUUCUCAACAUUCGACGGAUGGAGUCGAUGCCGACCAAAUGCGACUACUGUUAGACACCACAGUAUUGGAAGACGAUAGUACAAUCGCAGGACUUGAACUCAAAGAUGAUGCCGUCUUGUAUUUGGUUUACGCCGUGGCGGACAAUGAGUACGAAUCAGUUGAUGUCGUUUCGACGGCCUUUCAAGAGGGAUAG